AUGAAGAAAGAGAAGAAAACGCAUGCUUUACUGUUCCUCCUGCUGCUUCACUUCACCUUGGCAAGGCAAUCAGACUAUGCUCCAUACUUUUAUGACAAUGGACCCAGUAGCAAAAGUGGGAACAUGGCCUUGUUCAGCAUCUCCGAGGACACACCAGUGGGCACACAGGUUUACAUCCUGAACGGCACAGAUCCAGAGGGGGACCCGGUGCGAUAUGAUCUGACUUUUGAACAAGGCUCCAAGAUAUAUUUUAGGGUGGAAGCCAAAUCUGGAAACGUGACUCUGGUUCAGGAGCUGGACAGAGAGAAACAAGCUGAGAUCUCGAUGCUUGUGAGCAUCACGGACGGUCGAAAUAAAGUUAUUGAGACAGUGAGAGUUUUUGUCACUGACAUAAAUGAUGAACCACCUGAAUUUCAAAACCUUCCUUUCCUCAUCAAUAUCCCAGAGGACACUGCUCCAGGAAGUAGCAUCUACAGGGUUGCGGCAGUGGAUAAGGACAUGGGCUCGGGAGGCAGCGUCUCUUAUUAUUUACAGACCACCCAGUUUUCCAAGUUCACCAUCGACGGCAACAGCGGGAUCCUCCGAGUCAAACCAGGGGAGACUCUGGACUACGAGACCACACCCACACAUUUCGUGACAGUGGUGGCAAAGGAUGGCGGAGGAAAGUACAAGGGGAAGCAUCAGGUGUUGACCUCCACAGCCACCAUCACAGUUAACGUAAUCGAUGCCCAGGACAUGCCUCCAUCCUUUGUAGGGACCCCUUACUUUGGCUACGUGUACGAAGUCUCAGUUCCUGGAUCUGAAAUAUUCACGGUAUACGCCAAAGAUGGAGAUCAAGGAAAUCCUAACCCGAUCCAUUAUUCCAUAAUGAAUGGUAGUGAUGGUGUCUUUGACAUAAAUAGCACCAGCGGAUGCAUCACCCUGACAACUUAUCCGUCUCUUCUGAAGAACGAAUUAUAUGAAAUUAAAGUCAAGGCGUCUGAGAUUGGACCAGAGGAUCGGCUGUUUGACUACGACAUCACCCUAGUGACAGUCCGCGUGGUGGAUCUCAAUAACCACCCGCCGACCUUCUAUGGAGAGAAUGGACCACAGAGCAGGUUUGAGGUCACCAUGUAUGAGCAUCCGCCUGCAGGGGAGAUCCUCCGGGGCUUUAAGAUCACCGUCAAUGACUCCGAUCAGGGAGCAAACGCUAAAUUUAAGCUGAGGCUCGUGGGGCCGGGUCGAGUGCUGCGGGUGGUUCCCCAGACAGUUCUCAAUGAGGCGCAGGUGACCAUCAUUGUGGAAGACUCAACUGGCAUCGACUACGAAAAAGGAUCAACCCUUUCUUUUAAGCUGCUGGCGGUGGAGAUCGACACCCCCGAGCGCUUCAGUGCAACGGCCGACAUCGUCAUCAACCUGCUGGACACGAACGACAACGUGCCCAAAUUCACCUCUGAGUAUUACAUCGUCCGGGUCCCCGAGAACUCCCCUGGAGACUCCAGCGUCGUGUCUGUUACAGCAAACGAUCCAGAUUCAGGACCAUGGGGUGAAGUCAAAUACACAAUUUAUGGAUCGGGAUCAGAUUUGUUUUACAUCCACCGACUGUCAGGCCUCAUCUCCACGCAGCCCUGGACCAGCCUGGACGCAGAGGUCAGGUCCAAGUACAACUUCUACGUCAAGGCCGAGGAUUCGGAGGGAGAGUACAGUUUGGCCGAGGUCUUUGUCACCGUGCUCGACAUGAACGACCACACUCCGUCAUUUGAUCACAAACUCCUGGAGAAGACCAUGAUCAUCGGUACACCGGUCAGAGUGGAGGCAGUGGAUGAAGAUGCAGAGUCUCCGAACAACGUGAUCGAGUACUCCAUCAUGAAAGCCGAUCCUGACAACGCUUUUGACAUCGACGCCGACACCGGGGAAAUCCAGCUGAAGUCGUACAUCAAGUCCAUGGAGAUUGUGCAGAACAUCACCAAGCAGAAAGACUGCAAGUGGUCUCUGGUGGUCCAGGCCAGGGACCGGGGUUCUCCGUCCUUCAGCACGACAGCCGUGGUCAAUAUCGACAUCACAGAGGCGACUCCUCUCAAGGGGCCUAUGGCGGCCUUUUUAAUGAAAAGUAGGGACAGUCCUAUGAGAGCUCUAGGCAUGGUCACUGUUAUCAUUAGCGUGUUGGUAGGGGUGACGGUCUUGAUCUCUACGGCUAUGUACAUGCGCAACUCAAAGUCCAACAGGAUCGUGCCGGCGCGUCGCAUCAUUAAGAGGCGACCCAGGGACCAGCGGCCCUGGACCUUCCAGAUGCCCGUCAUCACAUUCAACAACCCUGCAGAGAAGUUCCACGUCGACCCAGAGCGGGACAGCGGCAGCCCGCGAACAAAGCCUCCACCCCCCAGCGCUCCGUCUCUGCCCCCUCCACCUCCGUCUUACACACGGCUGAGUGAGAGGCCCCGGGCGGUCCAAACAAUAUCCGGUGCUCUGGCCUCUAAAGGCUUGAAGAAAGUUAAAUCGAAUCGUCGAAAAGAGGGAAACAUGAGCUCCGCUUUAGUGUCGGAGCUUAAGAUGAGGCUGGAGCAGAAGAUGAUUGAGAACAACCAGGGUUAUUAUUAA